AUGCCUCCCAAACGAGAAUGCAAUUCCGAUACGGAAGAAGAUGUCAAAACUACCCCAAAACAGAAGAAGACCAAGACACCUCCUUCUUCUCCGAGCAAAAGUAAAACAUCUUGGACGGCAGAAGAAGAGUAUAAGUUCCGAGAAGGUAUAAACGGCAUAAUCAAAAAGAACCUUUGGAACGAACUUAAAUCAGAUCCUGAUAUGGUCAGACGCGGUGCUAAUGGUGUUGCCGAGCAUUGGAAAGCUAUGUUCAAAAAGAUGCAAAAAGCUUAA